UUUAAGAAGCCUUUCAAUGCGCAGAGGCGCAACAGCAGCCCGUCACAUGAUUCUUCUCUUGUGACAAUCCAGACAGAAAGCAAAAGCUUUUCUGACUUCUAGCUGAGUUUUUAGGUGCUACCAUGGUGCAUAGCUGCUGUUUGGGCACCGAUGGACCAACUUCAAACACUGAAAUGGAAUUAAGUUAGCCGUUUCCAUAACAACUCGGAUCAUUCCCGUUGUAACGGAGGACAUUGGGUGAAGAUUUGGGGUUGUUGCGUCGCUUCAGACAAAGUUGGCGCAUGGAGAGAGACGAAGUUUCAUUUUUGCGCAGCGUAUUUUCUUUGUGUUUUCCGCGACGAAGCCUCCGCCAGCAUCUCACAGCGUUUUGAUUGACAAAAGCCAAAUAGUCAAAAUUAUUUUUGUUACUCCCAUUUUGUUCACUUAAGGAGCAAGAUAAAAAGACGAGAUAAGGACACGGUCCUUCGGGUGAGAUGGUGGACAACAAACCUCUCCUUCAGGACAGACCUCCCGCUUACAACGCCGUUCCGGGGGCGCAUGAGUACGGCCCGCCGCAGCAGCCACACGGCUACGGAGCCAUCCCCGCUGCGGCCCCUCCGCCCUACCACUACCCGGAUGGCCCAGGAUACCCACCGGCUCAGAUGGGCCCCGCUGUUUCCCAGCAACCCUACACAUCGACCUAUGCCAUCAUCCAGCCCUCUGUAGUGGUGGUGGGAGGCUGCCCAGCUUGCAGGGUUGGAGUCCUUGAGGACGACUUCACCUGCCUGGGGAUCCUGUGUGCCAUCUUCUUCUUCCCUCUGGGCAUCCUCUUCUGCUUUGCUCUGCGUCAGAGGAGGUGUCCCAACUGUGGCGCCACCUUUGGCUAGAGGGACCAAACCGCAGCUCUUUCACGCACUUCUCUCAUUCACACGCAUACAGAGUUUAUAUGUAUAAAAAAACAAAAGAUAGAUUACAAAACGAAUUACAGUCAAUGAAAUCCGUUUUUCAUCUGCAGGUUUAAGAUGUAUUUUAUCAUGAGUUUCCAGCUGUUGUCAGUGCCUUUGCUACAUACAGAGUAAUCAGAUGCCAUCAGUUUUUUUUUUCUUGUAGAUGUUUAAGGGAUCUGAACAGAUUCUUUAUUUUCAUAGUCAGAGCCAAUUAAACUUUUUUUUUUUUUUUGUCUUAAUAUUUUCCUUUAUUUGCUUGCCACCGCCGCCAUAUUUUAGUGAACUUUGUACUCUUGCUUUUUUUGUUUCAAAUGUAUGUAUGGCUCAGUAUGUUCCAUGUAGGCAUUGAGAUAAUGCUGUGAUUUAAGGAAAAAAAAAACAAGGAUUACCUUAUGGACAUUACCUUCUCUGGCUCAAACAGUGGACUUAUGCCUGAUGAAGCAUUUUGCCUGUUUUUUUUUUGUUGAGAUAAUUUCUUGGGGCCAUAUUUUGCACUGACAGUUUGUCCAAUGAUGAUUCUGCUGGGUUGAGCUUCUCCAGGGCCAAUGCAGACCUCAGGUACACACAAUCUGACAUGCCCUCGACUUUUACGACAUCGUUUGACUUUGGAUUUACUCUGGGAGGACUGUUUUUGUUAAAGCGCAAGCUCCUCUUUUAACCUCUAGAGGAUAGAGUAAAGGCUGAAGUAUCUUAUAUCCUCAGAUUUUCACCUCCAUAUUUCUGUGACAAAUCAACUUUCCUCCCAGCCAGACAAUCAGCUGAGAAUGUCCCUGUCCAUGUCUUCCUCCGCUGCGGCAUCCUUAAAAUGUGUUCAUGUCAGAAUAAGUAAUAAAAUUAAAUUACUGGUAUGAGGGAAAAAGAAAAAUGGAGUUAGGAAACACACUAAGCACGCUCUUCUGAUUGAAGUUCUUACUUUUUAUAUGAGUUACUGUAAUUAAAAAGUAAUGCUA